UCGACACGGGUGUGGAUAGUGACACCAUCCAGACAUCAGACAGGCUCAAAGUUUGGUUUGAAAAGGGGAAAUUUCUGAUUUAUGUGGAAUGUGUUAUGCGCCGUCGAAUGUGUAAACAAAAAAAACAAAAAAAAAAAAAAAAAAAAAAAAAAAAGAAAACAAAAAAAAUCUUUCAGCUUGAUAUGUUGAUAAUACCUAUAAUAAAACCUUAAUUAUAUUUCUUUUUAAAGAAAAUAAUUUCGAUUUUUUCCCCCCUUUUUCAUCUAUUACAACUUACUGACAACUUACUGACACCUAACUGACAACUUACUGACAUCAUACUGACAACUUACUGUCAACUCACUGACAUCUUACUGAUAACUUACUGUCAACUUACUGACAUCUUACUGAUAACUUACUGACACCUAACUGACAACUUACUGACACCUUACUGAUAACUUACUGUCAACUUACUGACAUCUUACUGACACCUUUCUGACAAUUUACUGACACCUUACUGACAACUUAACAGUGCCAUGUGUAAACAAUAUUGAUUGGACUUAAACUCCUCUGUUUACGAUUGAAAGUUAACACGGAACAAAAUGUUCUCUGUGCAGAAAGACAUCCAUUAGUUGUCUGCACCAAACGGCAGCUACAAGGAAGCGAUUUCAAGACACUUCAUUCAACACCGCAACAUGUUACUUCUUAAAACAGGUAAAGUAAAUCACUUUAAACGAACACUGGUGUUUAGUCAUGCUUUAAAAAGUUGACACUUUGCAAUGUCAAGGGCGUCUAUUCCCCCCCCCCCAUCCCUUGUGUGGACGCCCCUUUUGUGGAGCUGGGUUCUUCCUGUGUCAACCCAGAUUAUUUGAACACUGCACAUGCUAUUGUGUAUUUGCUAAAUUUCUUGCUAUUGGCCAAUUUGUAAUAUGACUUGAUAUUUAGCAAGACAUGUGCUGAUCUUAAAAUAAAGACCAUCUUAUUUGCCAGAAGGGUGGAGAAAAAAAAACAUGUGUUUAUCAUAAGUAUAAGAUUUGAAAGUAUAUCGCAGUAAUGGAAAAUAUUUUAGAGCCAUUACACCAGCAGCUUUUCCUGUCGACAUUUUAAAAUAAGUAAUGCUAUUUCUAUUUCAAGUUCGUUACCAUUCCAACACAAAAAUAGUCUUACGCAUGGGCGCGGGGGGGGGGGGGGGGGAUUUUUUGGGGGGGGGUGGUGACAGUCUUGAAGUUCUAAUUAAUUAUUAAAAUUAAUUUAGUUGCAUUAAUGUAUUGUUUUGUUUCUUAAUUUUGUAAUAUAAAGGGGUGGGGCGCCGAACACCAGGGGUGUGGCAAGUAAAACCUGAAUCUAAGCGCCCUCUUCCACCCCAAAAAGUUUUAUAUUAACACAUGACGAUUUAAAACGUGAAGAUUCUGGCGCGUGCCGAGGUGGCGCCCCAAGUGAGAUGGCGCCCCAAGUGGUGCUUCCUUCACUCCCUACUAUUUGUACUGCCCCACUAUACCCCAGCCACUCUUGAAAUAUACUGUCGGCGACCUCGGAUAUUGUAAGAGAAGUUAUCAUUUUUAUUUUCUUUAAAAAAUAAUCAAAAUUAUUAGACACGAAAAUACAUCAAAGAGAAAGCUCUAUGUAGAAGGUGACUGGCCGUGUAUAAGGUUAACAGGACAUAUUCCAAAUGACAUGAUCGUAAUAUGCAAUAAAAAUAUUUUCUUGUUGAAACUUAACUUUGAGAUUAUUGCUUAAAUUGUUUAGCAGAAAUUUUCAAACACUUUGAAACAAACAUUUAAAAAUGAAUUUCGAUGACAUAACAAUUAAUCUGUUGAGGAAUAAAGACUUUAUUUCAAGUCAAAUCUCCAGUUGCAGAUAUUCAGUCAUUUCCCUAAAUCAUUUGAUUCAAUUAAUUUUGUUUUCCAAGUCUUUCCCAUAAACAUUCCAAGUGGUUUGUUCGCAAUAAUUUUAAAAUAUGUCUAUUUUUUUGAAAAAAACUUUAUUCUGAAGAAGAAAAGAGAAGCCAGGUGUAAUUUUAAGUUGACACUUUUACUUCAUAUUAUUACUGUACAAAGAAUUGCUAUCUUUAUACGUGUUCCCUCUUCCUAACAAGAUUUAAACAAAUAAAAUGUAUAACAUUAAAGAAUAAUAAUCGGUAUUCCAAAAGAAGCAAACGUAUUAAAACUAAUCGUUAAAUAGUUAUUAGACUUUCAUCAUAUCAGGUCAUUUCUUUCAAACUGAGAUACCUUUCGUUUAUUUCCAAAUCCAGUGUUUUUUCUGUGCACCGCUGGAACCACAUCCGGCUACGUCACCAGUAACUCGUACUACCCAGAAGAAGACAUCUGCGUCUGCCCGUGUCUGCCUUCCACACUCAACUUUUCCAGCGAAGCCGCCACCACCGUGAAAGAAGCCCAACAAAAGGCAGCUGAAAUAGAGAGGGAACUGACGCUGGAUAAGAGCUCGACGUCGGCCUCCACCAGGACCAAAACCAGCCAGCCCGACACCCGUGUUUCAGCAAAGUCUAUCGGCGCCGUCGGCGUGGUCUUUAUCGUUAUCGUUUUCGGCACCAUCGUCGUCCUCGACAUCAGCUCGGCCCGUCAACACGAACAGCGGAACAGCAGGAGGAGGUCGAGUAAACGACGAAAGAAAGACGCGCCAAGCGUGGCUCCAGCAAUCAACAUCAACGUCGAACACUAUUCGAUGGCAGACCUCCUCUUGUACUCGGUCUCGAAGUCGGCUUUGCAUUUUCCGGGUCCUUUGAACCGCUCGCUGGGAGGCGGGCCGCUGAGAAGUAGUUUUCCCGGCCUUCCCUUCUCAACGCCAGUUGGAGUGGCUCCGGUUUCGCCAAGGCCCUCAUCGGGGCAAGAUCUGGUUGAUUGUCUUGGUCAAGGUGACAAUAAUCCGUUUGGCGCCUUUCGGGAUAACCUUGGCGUCAGAGCGCUGCAGCUCCCUUAUCGGAGAACCAGUGAGGUUUAGAAAGAUUUGACUUUGAAUCUGAGUGCUGUAUUGACCAGCUACACAGUACAUUACCGAUAAAUAAGUUAACAGGCCAUUCAUGUUUAAAAUUGCACUUAAAGAUAAUUCUUUGUAAAAUACCAUCUACCGCAAAAGCUUUGGUUAAAUUUGCCAGCGACAAUAGAUCGUCGGCACCCAUAACAAUGAUUCCUUGGAUCGGAUGAAAUACUCAUUUCACUUAGACUUAAGGUUAAAUUUAUUGUAUCGGAACAAUUACUUAAAAUUUUUAAAUAUAUUCUAUGUAAUCCAUGAUAAAUGAUGGCAGUUAUCUAAAACUAUCCGUCCAGGACAGUGAUCGGCAAAACGCGGCUCGCGAGCCACAUGUGGCGCUUUAGCGACGUGAUUGCGGCUCGGCAAAUCGGCUACAAAUCGGUUUUGACUCCGAAAAACUUGGUCCUUGAAAAAAAAUUUGGCUCCGAUUUUUUUUUUUUAUCAUCCUGCUGAAUUCGGCUCUUUGACUACGAGUUUGCCGAUCACUGGUCCAGGGGUUCCAUGAUUUUGGUUUAGGGCACACAUGAUCAUACCAUUAGGAUACCUGUCUUUUUAAAAAAAAUGUUUCAUUUUAAAACUAUUGAAGUGUUUUUCAAGAACAUUUUUAAAAAAAAUUUAUACAAUAGUUAGUUUUAAGUUGAUAAAGCUGAAAAAUAAGCUGUUCAUAAUAAUUAAAUAAAUUUUGAAAAUCACAAACAAAAUACUUCGUUCAUGCAUUUUAUGCAUCUGAUUUCUUAUAAACAACCAUUCUGAUCUUUUGAAUAAAUUUAGCGUCGCUUUUAAAGACGAAAUAAAAGUCAAUAUAAAACAAUAAUAGAAUCUUAGACUAUCUAUGAACACAAGGACAACGGUACGUUUUUAUACCGGCCCAUUUGGAGACUCACUACCCUGAACCUAAUCGUCACGAUAUCAAUUUAAUUAACAUCCAUUGUAUAACAAUUGAAUGGUUGAAGGUGAGUAUUACUUUCUGCAGCAUAUCUUCUCGACACUAACAAUAAAAAGUUGAACAACGCCUUCUUUCGGUUUCCGUGCUCAACUUCUAAUGCUGAGAAUGGCAAAAUUGAAGACGAGAGAAGGACCGUCUGGACUUGACAGCGAAGUGUUUUAUCCAUUGCCAUUGGGGCCAAUCAAUGCGUGCUUUCAAUACUUAACAUGUCGGAAGUCUGUGAUCGUUUUUUUUAAGACUAUGACGUCAGACGACAUUUUUAUUGACGUGGCCAUUUUCGAAUUAAUUUGGAUAAUUUUGUUAACGAAGGCUCA